CAUGCACUUCAGGAUUCACCCGCGUUCUCUUUCAAGAAUCAAUUAAUUCUUGGUAAUUGCUGAAAUGGCUCGCCAGGGAAGAUGCAGUGCGAUCGGCGUAGUUCUGGCUAGUACCCUUCUUGUCAUUCUAUCACUCCAAUUCAAGAUCGCCAUCGCCAAGGCAGCUACUUUCACCGUCGGUGACACCUCAGGCUGGACUUUCAACAUCCAGAGUUGGACAGAUGGGAAAAAGUUCAAGGCCGGCGACAGCCUGAUUUUCAACUACGAUCCUUCAUUGCAUGAUGUGGCCACUGUAGAUGUCGAUGGCUACGAUGGCUGCACACUUUCUCCGAGCUCCAGCACUUACACAAGUGGAAAAGAUACGAUCAAGCUGAAGGAGGGACAAAACUAUUUUAUAUGCAGUCUCCCCAGUCACUGUGACUGGGGGUUGAAAAUUGCAGUCAAUGCUUCCGCCUAGAUAGAAAUUGAAUGUUGAUGAAUAAAAAUAUUAUGGUGGCUUUCAGCUCAUUGCAGCGCCGCCCCCUGUUCUUCAUCUGAAUCUUGAACGUGUAAUUUGAGGUGAAUUGAGUUCUGACUUUAUGAUGUGAAGAUACUUUGAUGAA